CUCGGUUUCAUAAUUUUAAAAGUUUUUUUGACUAAUCUCUUCCGUUAUCCUAACAAACGUCGUCGUUUCAUAUCAGACUCAAAUCUUUAAACAACAGUUAUGUCUCCGUCGACGGCGGCGAUUUUCGUCGGUCCAAUCUUAGCGGUGGACGCCGCCGUAUCUCGCGCAAUUCACACGGCGGCGAAACCUUUCCUCCCACCGUUUCUUCUCCUAUUCCUCGAAAUCUCAGCUGAUUUCAGAUUCUCCUUCCCCGUAUCACUUUCCCUCCUCCUCUCCCCUCCAUUACGCUCUUUCCUCGUCCCAUUCCUUCUCGGCCUCCUCUUCGAUCUAAUCUUCGUCGGACUCGUGAAAUUAAUCUUCCGUCGUGCUCGUCCCGCUUACAAUCACCCUUCAAUGUCCGCCGCUGUAUCAGCCGAUCACUAUUCUUUUCCCUCAGGUCACGCGUCUCGCGUCUUCUUCGUUGCCGCAUCUGUUCACUUCUUCUCAGCUGUUGUCAAAGCUCCCAUGGUUGGUCCAACCUACUCUUUCUUAGAUGGAUGGAUCAGAGAUCAUAACGAUGGCGUUGUGAAAGGAGAGGUUGUGGUGGCUGUAUGGAUCUGGGCAACAUUGACUGCGAUCUCUAGGAUUCUAUUAGGGAGACAUUACGUUCUCGAUGUAGCUGCUGGUGCUUGCUUAGGGAUUCUAGAAGCUCUCUUUGCUCUUCGGUUUCUGAGAUUUGAUGAAUUGAUCUUUGGAAGAGUCUUUCGUUAACGUCAGAGAGAAAACCGUUGCUACAUUUCCCAAGGAUCAUAUUAUUUCUUUCAACCGAGGCCUUUGCUUUGUUGGAUAUACUUUUGCAAGCUCGGUCACAGCUGUUUCUGCAGCAAUUCCUGCAGGAAACUCUGUUGAUUAGACUGAGAAAACAGAGCCAAAGCUUAGAUGGCAAGGAGGUGUAAAGUCCCGAUCUGAAAAUUCAGUUGACAUGACUCUCUCUCUCUCUCACGGUAACAAACUCUUUUUCUAAGAUAUAUCCACCAUAUUGCUUCUUGGAUUGGGUUCUUGAUGUUAUCCAAAUAAACCCGAUACCAGAGCCAACCGGUUAUGAGUUUGGGAGUGAGAGUAUGAGUGUGUUAUGAAUUAUGGGAUCUGUAUGUGUUGUUUACCUUGGAUUGGUUCCUGUCACCAUUUAUGAGAGGGUGUGUUAUGAAUUAUGGGAUUGGUAUGUGUUGUUUUCUUUGGUGUUAUGUAUGCUGCAAAAGUAGAGGCACACAAAGUAGGAUGGUACAUCAAGAACAAUGCCCACCAUGGGAAAACUUUGAUUAAUGAGUUCACAUGGUUCUCUCCUGUAGAUAAAACAAGGACAUACCUUGUUUCAACCUUAAUGAUCACUCUUAGUUUUGUGUGGCUACCAAACAAAACCUCUUUUAAUAUUUCAGUGUCUCCUCAUCAGACCCUACCACCAUUUUGAGCACGCGGCGUCGUAGUUUAUUGACAAAAAAAAAAGAACGGGAACAGACCCAGUUCUAUGAUUAGCAAAAGAGAGUGUGAUUAGCAAACUGAUAAAUCAAACAUUGUAAAAGAUAAAGGAGUGAUAUUUGAGUUGAGAGGUGGUGAUGGAACAUCGUAGCAGUGAAUCUCCUUUUACAUCUGAGAGUGGCAGAGAGUUGAAAGGGGUCUGGUCUGGUCAUCUCUUUGUUACCAUAUUUGAGGUGAAUUAUUGUUGUACUAGAGUUUCUUAUUUUUGCCCUAAAAUUUUGCAAGUCAAGCACUCUCCCCCUGUGACUGUGACUUAGCUCAGAUAAAAAAGUGGAUCUGAAGCUAGAGAGGUCUGAUGCUGUUUCUGAGUUCAUCAUUAUCAUGUCCUGCACUAACAUCCCAAAAAAGGAAGAAAAUUUUGUUUGAAAAGAAAAUUUGAUUACAGACAUGUUAGGAGGAGGUUUAACAGCAGGAAUUGGAUUCAAAUAUUGGUAUUUUGGUAUAACAAAAAAAAACUGAAUUUUUUUUCUUUUUAUGGGGGGUCAUUGUGGGUUGUCCUCCACUUUCUAGUUUUCUAUGGCACUCGUGUUCUCAUAAACUGUGUAUAUUUGUUAAAUAAUAAGAAAAUAUAGAGAUAAAACUUAUAAAGGACCA